AUGUCGGCACUUUACCACUUUGUAAUUGCUUCGGCCAGCCCUAGACUGUUUACCUACAGGGAAUUCCUCGACUAUCGCAAUAUGAUUCCGCGAGGAAUCACGAAUCGUAGCGGAUUCGCGAGUCAGCCGAAUAUAUUCUCUCAUAAUUUCGCCGCCAGCCAGAUCAUGUCGGACACGAAUCUAUUUUUAGUAUUAUUGCUGCUUCUAUUGAUCGGUUGUCUUCUAGUGUUGGUCAUCCGUCUCUAUCUGCUGAAACGCCCCAGACAAAUCUUCUAUACGGAUGGCGUUUCCGUUGGAACACCACCACACGGUGUCCAAAUGUAUAGCUUCCAGAAAAAUGAAGCUGGACUACCAUGCUAUAUCAACAAGGCUUACCACCAUCAAGAUCACGUUAUC